ACACGGCAGGGUUAUAUUUAGCGAAAAUCUAAUGUAAGGCAAUUAGCAUUUAAACUUGAUUAUUGGAAUCAUUUCAAUUCGUAAAGCAUUCAAUCUUCUUGCAGCAAUACGGACAAAUCAAGAUUUUAUCAUCAGGACUUGUACCACAGACAGCACUGUGUGUUUUUUCAGUCUGUAUUCGGCUUAUUGUGGAGCAUAGCAAGGCGACACAGCAGUAGAUAAAUUGAAAUCGAUGUUUCUAAUGAGAGAAGAUAUAGAUCAGGACGAGGAGAAUUCGUACCUAGGAUGUGGAAAAUUUGAUGAAUGAGGCUUGUUCUCGGAACAUGAUUCAAGCAACAAGUCAAAAUUAUGAACCUUCAACUUCACAUCUAAAUGAUGAGAGUGUGCUUUAUCGUGGAUUUUCUUGUGGUUGUGAUUUCCUUGUCCCACUUGGUCCGUCUGUCUGUCUGUGAGAGGACUAACAUUACUGUUGGGUACCUAACGGUGGAUAAGACUGACAAAUACAUCAGAAAUCGCCAGGGAAGGAUAAUUUCAGGGGCAAUAACUUACGCCUUGCAGCAGGUCAACGCUAAUCCACAUAUUCUCCCGAACCACACCUUGCACUUGAUAUGGGGAGACACUCGUGGCGACACACUGACCGCGGUCAAGCUACUAACAGACCAGUGGAAACAGGGGGUGGUGGCCUUUUUCGGGCUAGAGGACAGUUGUAGUGUAGAAGCCAGAGUGGCAGCUGCUUGGAAUCUACCCCUUAUUUCUUACAAAUGUGCCGAUGAUGACGUGUCCAUCAAAAGCAAAUACCCCACCUUUGCGAGAACAUAUCCUCCCGUCGUCCAAGUGACCAAGUCCCUCGUGGCUCUACUUCUUCAUUUCAAAUGGAUGAAAUUCACAAUGAUCGUUGGCUCGUCUCACAAACAGCGGACAAUAGCCGACAAGCUCUUGGAGUACGCCGAACUAUUCAACAUCACUGUUAAUGGCAAACAAGAAUAUGUGGAGCCUUACGUACCCUUCUCCAAUGGAAACCCAUUCCCCGGAAUUGUGGACAGAACUUAUGUUGAUACAAGAGUGUAUGUUUUCUUGGGAGAUUUAAAUGGCGUGGUGGAUCUAAUGACCAACCUUUACGAUCGAGGCCUAUUGGACACUGGCGAGUACAUCGUCAUCUUUGUGGAUCACGUGACGUUUGACAGAACAGAUACCCUCAAAUACUUUAAACGAACGAUAGAUAACCCUGAGGAGAAGAGAAACGCGGACGCCGCCCGAUCUCUGCUGAUCAUCACACUUAGUCCUUACUCAAGCGAAAACUACACACAGUUCCAGGAUAAAGUCAGGGUAUUCAACGAAGAGCCGCCAUUCAACUUCUUUAAUCCAUUCUCUUCUUAUCAAAAAGUGAUUACUGUGUAUGCUGCCUAUCUGUUCGAUGCAGUUAUCUUGUAUGCGAAGGCUGCUCAUCAACUUCUACUGGAGGGAGGGGAAAUCACAAAUGGCACGGCAAUUAUUCAUUCGCUGUUAAACCAGAGUUAUGAAAGUAUUCAAGGGACAUCCACCUUCAUAGACCAGAACGGCGACGCGGAAGGGAACUAUACUCUGCUGGCAAGAAUGGAGAUCGACAAUCCCGUCACAAAGUACUCCAUGCAGCCGGUCGGCCAUUUUCAAUCCAGCGAUGGUUCUCUUCCGGUGCUGAGAAUGUACGGCCCUGACCUCAUAGACUGGGUCUCGGGCUUCCCCCCGAUUGAUGAACCAGAAUGUGGGUACAGAAGACAAAGGUGUAUUCCCCCAAAACAGUAUACGUUGGAGAUAGUACUAGGCACCGUGGGAGGCAUUCUUGUGCUUUGUCUGAUAGGGGCAGGGAUAGCAUACAGAAAUUGGAAAUAUGAACAAGAGAUCGCCGGUCUCUUGUGGAAGGUGGAUAAAGCCGAGAUCCAUGCCUCGUUGUCCGGCCACAAAAACGCAGAGUUCGUCAUGGACCAGGACAAGAAAGAUGCAUAUGGUAGCAAGCUUUCGUUAAACAGCCAACAUUCCAUGGAUUCCAGAGCGUCUAACCAACAAGUGUACGCUGUCACCAGCUACUAUAAGGGCCAGCUAGUCGCCAUCAAGAAAUAUGAAAUCAAGUCACUGGUCAUCAAUCGAAAAAUGCAAAAGGAAAUGAAAGUGAUGAAAGACUUGCGACAUAGCAACGUCAAUGCGUUUAUCGGAGCCUGCAUUGAUCAUCCGAGGUUUACCAUCCUCACUGAAUACUGUUCGAAGGGCAGUUUACAGGAUAUCCUCGAAAAUGAAGACGUGAAACUCGACGAUAUGUUUAUCGCCUCCCUCAUUAAAGACAUGAUUCAGGGACUGCUAUUUCUACACAACAGCGAGCUAGGAUGUCACGGCAAUUUUAAGUCGUCUAACUGUGUUGUAAACAGUCGUUGGACGCUCCAGGUGUCCGACUUUGCUCUGCUAGAAAUCCGCGCCAAAACGUACCGGAAGGAGGACGAGCAUGCGUACUACAGAAAUUUAUUUUGGCGGGCCCCAGAAGAGUUACGUAGUCCUCAGAAAAGAGGGUCGUCUAAGGGGGAUGUCUAUGCUUUCGGUAUCAUUCUCCACGAAAUCUUUGGGAGAUGUGGACCUUUUGGUUUCUGUAACAUGGUCCCAAAAGAUAUUGUUUACCGUGUUAUUGAUGGUGGUGUGUUUCCAUUCCGACCAGACACUAGUUCCUUAAAAUGUGAUAAAUAUAUAAUUGACUGCAUGGUGGAUUGUUGGAGUGAAUCGCCGGAAGACAGGCCCGAUUUCCGGUGUAUUUACAAAACACUACAUAAAAUGCGGGAGGGAAUGAAGAGAAACAUUUUUGACCAAAUCAUGACAAUGAUGGAGUCGUACCAGAACCAUCUAGAGGAACUGGUGGAGAGCAGGACCAUACAGCUCGCGGACGAAAAGAAAAAGACGGAAACACUUCUUCACCGAAUGCUGCCUCGACCAAUAGCCGACCAACUUAAACAAGGACAUUUCGUAAAGCCAGAGGUCUAUGCAUCCGUUACGAUCUACUUCAGUGACAUCUGUGGGUUUACAACACUCUCGGCAAAAAUUACCCCUAUGGAGGUAGUUCGGAUGUUGAAUUCUCUGUACACCAUGUUUGAUUCCAUCAUCAAGAAUUAUGACGUAUACAAAGUGGAAACCAUUGGUGAUGCUUACAUGGUCGUCAGUGGUCUUCCAAUCAGGAACGGCGACACACAUGCAGGCGAGGUAGCCUCGAUGUCGCUGGAACUUCUUCGUGCCAUAAAAACUUUCCGAAUAACUUUCCUUCAAGACGAAACUCUGAAAUUAAGAAUCGGGAUGCAUUCAGGUCCCUGUGUUGCUGGAGUUGUCGGCCUUACUAUGCCGAGGUAUACCCUGUUUGGUGACACAGUGAAUACGGCCUCAAGAAUGGAAUCCAAUGGCGAACCAUUAAAAAUUCACUGCAGUGAGGCCUGCAAGGGUUUAUUAGACAAACUAGGUGGUUACAAGCUGGAGCCGAGGGGACUAGUGGAAAUGAAGGGUAAAGGAGAAAUGUUUACUUACUGGUUAAUUAGCGAGGAUGCUCACAUCAGGCGCCAGAGACUACAAAGGUGUAGUCAAACAAUGAAAAUGAAUACACCGUGGGCCCAAGCUACUCGGCAGGCUUACAUGCAGUUCUCAAAACCGGAAAUCAGUGAACCCUCGCAGGGCGAAGACAGUCAGCCAUUUAUGGAGAUUUUCAGAGAGAAUGAGAUCAAUUCCUCUCGUGAAGAUUCUCCAAAAAUCAACCACCACGAUCAAUUUAGCUCACCAAAAGACAUCCGCUCAUUUUCCUCCAAAUUGCGGUAUGUUCCGAAUGGAAUUCUCUCGGAAGACAAACGAUUCAGUGAUAUCAAACUGAUGGGUUCCGGACAGGACAUUGUAGAGCGCACGGCGCUGAUCUCUGACCACGAUUUCUACGACAGUGACCCUGACGCUCAGGAGAAGACUCGGCAUCUCUCCGUGGGCAAUAGAACUCAGAUCAAGCUCGUGGACAGGGCCCCGGAAAGACCGAGAAGUGCCAGGAACAAUAACCGGGAAAUGUAUAAGUUAAACUCGGAAAGUGUGCCAGAGUACACGUCCCUGAUGUCGGACUCGGCAGUGUGAUGCCAUUAUAUGAACAAGAUACAGCUACGGGGCCAACGAAUAUCAAAUUUAUAAUUGCAUUUAAGUAGAAUAAUCUAUUUGUCACAGAUACAUUUACAGAUGUAUUUACACGUGAAUGUAAAUGUUAUAAUUCAUUGUCAGAUCAUAUAUAAUGCAUUUUGAUCGAUUGUAUAAAAAUAAAGCGCAAUGUGAUAUAUUUCAUUCCAAACAUGAACAUUUCGUGUGCGACCAUAUCAAUUCCAUUUCACGGGUCAGAGAGAGAGAGAGAGAGAGUUGCCUAUCAUGUUUUAUUAUAUUGUAUGUUAUGUAUGCUCGAGGAAGUAUAAUAAAAUGAGUAUUUAAUUCUCAGUAACUUAA